AUGAAUACGUUUCCUAACGCCGAGAAAUCGACCAAAACUUCGACAACACCAACAACUAUAACGAAAAGAGCACCUUUGACUAAAGCAUUCAUUACUCCGAAGGAAUUUGUCGACUUAGUUUCGGAGAAAUCGAAUAACCAAGAUGUUCCCAUACUCGAUUGUCGUUCACAAAUGGACUUCGGUUGUGAACGAAUACGUUCGUCACACAAUAUUAACUGUCGAACGAAAAUCAUGGCGAGAAAAUUAACUUCCAAACGUUUAGAAGAUGUAGAACCGAACUUAUCCUCCUCUUUACAUAACUCUGACAUCGUUAUUCUCUAUGAUCAAUCAACAGAUGUACCGGAAGAAGAUAAAAUGCGCUCUCUACCGAUGAAUCUUGUUGUUCAAGCUGCACAGAAAUCAAAUAAAAUAGUUCAAAUAAUUCAAGGUGGUUUAGAUGCAGUUAAAACUGAAUUUCCACAUUUGAUUGAAUGUGCACCGGAAGCACCGAAAUGUAAAACUGAUGACGAUCUACCUCCUUUACCAGCAAGUCCCGAUACAAUCGAUAAGGAAAAUAUUAUUAUUUUACGUAUUUCACUGACAUCGACACCAGGAGCUAGUUCGGCAACAUGUACACGAAAUUCGUUCGGUCGUUCACUACUAUUUUCACGGUCGGAGCGAGGCGAACGAGAGCGUCGCGAGGCAGAGGAUGAUGCGCUUCUUGAUCGUGGCAUUUCUUCCUCAGAAUAA